AUGAUGAAAGAAUACCAGAUUGCGAAGGAACAGGAGGAGAAGCGAUAUCAGUUAAUGCAAGCCGAACUCGAUGCUGUAAGAAUGAAAGCUGAAAAACAGCGAGCAGCUGAAGCGGAGGAGCGACGAAAACUGGAAAAACAACAACAAGAACAACACGAACAAUAUCAACAACAGCUAGCAACUGAAGCGGAGAAGCGACGAAAAUUGGAAAAACAACAACAAGAACAGAACGAACGAUAUCAACAAAAGCUAGCAGCUGACGCGAAGGAGCGACGAAAGUUAGAAAGACAGCAACAAGAACAACACGAACGAUAUCAACAACAGCUAGCAGCUGAAGCGGUGGAGCGGCGAAAGUUGGAAGAACAACAACGAGAACAAAAUGAACGACAUCGGCAACAACUAGAACAAAAUGAACGAUAUCGACAACAGCUAGUAGCUGAAGCAGAGGAGCGACGAAAGUUGGAAAGACAACAACAAGAACAACACGAACGAUAUCGACAACAGCUAGCAGCUGAAGCAGAGGAGCGACGAAAGUUGGAAAGACAACAACAAGAACAACACGAACGAUAUCAACAACAGCUAGCAGCUGAAGCGCAGCAGCGACGAAAAUUGAAAAAGCAACCACAAGAUGAUAUUUCUGUUCGUGUUGCCACUGAUCUAAUUGCUGCUCCUAUUGCUACUGUUACUGGUACUAUUAGUGGUACUGUUACUGGUGUUAAAACUGUUAUGGAUCCUUUUGUUGAAUUUAUUGAUGAUUCUGAUAAUAAUGCUGUUCUUCGUGCUGCUGCUGUUCCUGUUGCUAUUGUUGGUGGUGCUGUUGGUGGUGCUGUUGGUGCUGUUGCUGGUACUAUUGAGGGUGCUGCUAAAGGUGUCAGUCGCAUUUUUGGUAGUAUCUUUGGAAACUGAUGUCAUCUAUUGGAUACUCAUUAAAAAUGUUUGUGACUUGGACAUUACUGCAGUUUUCAGUUUAAUUGAUUAUCACUACGUUUUGUUAAUGAUUUCGAAGUAAAUGAUUUAAACCUGAUAAAGCUAUAUUGAGAGUGAGAGUGACAGUGAGAGAAGCACACCAAACCGGUUUUGGGUGAGUUAAUAUAAAGUGAUUUAAAGUAUCAUACGACGCGAAAGAUCUCAUCACUUAGUUAAGACUUCGUAAUUAAAUUAUUCAGAUGAUCCGAAGAUCACAAAAUAAAUUAUAUAACAUACCUCUUUACGAGAAAUUCGAAGAAAACUUUACGUAACACUAUGUGUCUGAGGGUGUGGGUGAGAUCCGCUGCCAUGAUCUAAAUUUCGCCCCUCCUAGAGUACUCCUCAGAUGGUUUUAAUAUUAAAUUUAAUUCAAAAGAAUUAAAUCAAUAUUAUUUACUCGAAAACCAGACUAAUUCUAUUUUCUAGCGAAAAGACAAAACCAAUCUGCUAUUCCUAACUUUUACUUUUCAUCAAAUCAGCUAAGUGGAAACUUAGAAAAAAUUUGAGAUGUUGUGCUUGUAAAUAAAGAAUAAAUAAAUGCAAAGUUCGGUGGAUGUGCGUGUCAGUGCCAGUGUGGAUGUUGGUAUGGGUGUGGGUGUGGGUGCGUAUGGGUAUCGGGUGCGGUUCUGGGUGUGGGUGUUCGGUGUGGGGGGGUUUCGAGGGUGGAUGGGGGCGGGGGGGGGGGGGGGGGGGGGCUGGUU